CCUGUGGUGCCAGGCUGGCUCCUCCCUCCUGUGUAAUCUCCCUUCCCUCCCCCCUCCUCCAUUUGAUUUAAUACUCCUGUUGUCCUGAAAGGGUGAUUCAGGCCUUUCAGCCCUUUGCAGAACUUUGAUCCUUUGGAGGAUGGGCAGUCGGCUGGGGGAGGUCUAGCCCCCACCUGAUUCUGAGCCAUCUAACUGGCUGCUCUAUCUGCCUUGAUCUGCUGGAAGUGCCUGCGGCUGUUUUCCCUUUUCCCUGCACCUGAGAGACAUGCCACUUGGUGCUCUUAAGCUCCGCCUGCCCUUGGGGUUGUCUGCCCUCGGGGCUACCCGCCCCCUCUUCUGAUACCCCUUGCCAGAGAGAGACGAAUCCAAACAGGGUCCGGACUACAUCUCCCAGCGUGCCUGGCAGAGUUGUGGCCUGUGUGUGCCGGCUGCACCAGUUGCGGGCAACAAUGCAGCAGGCUGUGAGCAUGGUGGCCCGUCUGGGCUUACCUCUGCAGGCGCUCCCCUGGACCCUGAGCCGUCCGUUCAGUUGCUCACAGGAUGUGCUCCGCCGGACAGCACUCUAUGACUUCCACCUGGCCCAUGGCGGGAAGAUGGUGGCGUUCGCAGGCUGGAGUCUGCCUGUGCAGUACCGGGACAGCCACGUCGAGUCACACCUGCAUACACGCCGGCACUGCUCCCUCUUUGACGUGUCUCACAUGCUGCAGACCAAGAUAUUUGGUUGUGAUCGGGUGAAGCUGAUGGAGAGUCUAGUGGUUGGAGAUAUUGCAGAGCUAAGACCAAACCAGGGGACACUGUCGCUGUUUACCAGUGAGGCUGGAGGCAUCUUAGAUGAUUUGAUUGUGACCAACACUUCUGAGGGGUACCUGUAUGUGGUGUCCAAUGCUGGCUGCCGAGACAAGGACUUGGCCCUAAUGCAGGACACGGUCAGAGAGCUUCAGAACAGGGGCAGUGAUGUGGGCCUGGAAGUGGUGGAUAAUGCCCUGCUGGCUCUACAAGGCCCCACAGCGGCCCAGGUGCUACAGGCUGGUGUGGCAGAUGACUUGAGGAAAUUGACCUUCAUGACCAGCGCUGUGAUGGAGGUGUUUGGCGUGUCUGGCUGUCGUGUGACGCGCUGUGGCUACACAGGAGAGGAUGGCGUGGAGAUCUCGGUGCCGGCAGCAGGUGCAGUCCAUCUGGCAACAGCUCUGCUGGAAAAUCCAGAGGUGAAGCUGGCAGGGCUGGCUGCCCGGGACAGCUUGCGCCUAGAGGCAGGCCUCUGCCUGUAUGGCAAUGACAUUGAUGAACAUACCACGCCUGUGGAAGGCAGCCUCAGUUGGACUUUGGGGAAACGCCGACGAGCUGCCAAGGACUUCCCGGGAGCCACAGUCAUUGUCCCACAGCUGAAGGGCAAGGUGCAGCGGAGGCGCGUGGGGUUAAUGUGUGAGGGGGCUCCAAUGCGGGCACACAGCUCCAUCCUGAAUACAGAGGGUACUGUGAUUGGUACUGUGACCAGUGGUUGCCCCUCGCCUUGCCUGAAGAAGAAUGUGGCGAUGGGGUAUGUGCCCUGUGAGUACAGUCGCCCAGGUACUCAGCUGCUGGUAGAGGUGCGGCGGAAGCAGCAAAUGGCUGUGGUCAGCAAGAUGCCCUUUGUGCCCACAAACUACUAUACCCUCAAGUGAGAUGGGAUAAAGGCAUGGCCCUCCCCUCCAGGAGCCUAGGACAACAUUCUAUGAGGGUUUUGUCAGGAAGCUUAGGCAGAACACACCUGGGGUAGGUGGUGGCUAGAGUAGAGGUUGGUUCUGGUUGUGUUUCAGGAUGGCCAUACCAGCUGUUUCCCCCUCCUCCCAUACUACUCAACUUCAGAACCCAGUUCUGGGUAGUGGACCAACUCACCAAAUGUCCUGUUUUAGCCUGUGCUCCCACCAGUCUCAUCCUUACUUGCUGGAAGGCUAUAGGAAGCACCACUUCUGGUAUUUCUCUUACUUGGUCAAUUGCUGGCUGUGGAGCAAAGGCUCAUCUUUAGGGGGAGAAUAAUGGCUCCCCAACCUACCUCACCAUGGUUUCUCACAAUGCAAAGGGUUACUACCUGGGCAGUACUGGCCACCUUCAGUCUGUUGCUUCUCCCUGGGAAUGAUUCCUGACUCACAGAGGGUUGGUCCAGUUGGACUGCUGUGCCUAUAUGUAAACUCUGGGAUGGUUAAGGGGGUACAAACUCAUUCUUCCACAUUCCCAAGUUGGUCCAGCCUGUUGCCCAGUAGCAAACAGUGCCAGGUUUACCACUUGUUCUGAGCCCCAAUGUUGUUAUAGGGCAGGCUGAACCUCUUUCUGGACUUGUUUUACCCUGGGCUGACCAUCACCCCCGGGGACCAUUCCUGACCUCCACUGAUUCCUAAAGUACAUUAAAUGAGCUUCCUUCUUGCCAUUGUCUCUAGCAUCAUCGUUCUUUGUCCACAGGGUUCCUGGAGUGCCAGUCCAGUCCUCUUCCCUGGCCUUGAGACCUUAGAGGGGCUAGGUCUUUUAAGAACUAGUGGGGAUAUUGCCCCUAUUGGCAUUUACCACCCUUCUAGGGAACUGACAUCUAUGCAAAGCAUUGCAUUCUAGGUUCCCGGGGUGGGGGGACAGUAGCCCCCAGGUUGUCCUCUCCAGUUUUCCCUGUGCAUGCACACCCUUACGUUGUCUGAAUAACCACACAACUGAUGCACUUCCAUAUUUAAUAAACCAUACCCUCAGU